UCACCAACAUGUUGGCUGUCAGACCCUCAUUCCCUCAGUUGGUCACAGUAAGAUCAGCAGACUGUCACCCGCCUCUCUCUCGCUAUCUCUUUCCUUAUUCUGCCGCGGCCGCUGCGUCUGCCUCGUUCUCGCGCUGGGAAUCGUUGUGCAUCCAAUGACUUUUGAUCGAUUCAAGAAACAAUCAGUGCUUUUUCUCGUGUGCGAUUCUGGUUUCAUGAGCCGCGGCAGAUUGUGGUCGAAGAUCAAAUUUCGACAUUGGACUUGACUGAUUUGCUAUUUCUUUUCUCUAUUUUUUUUUUUGCGUUUAUUGUCUCGAUUUUUUUAAUAAAACCGCAUAGAUUUCGUUAAAUCCCUAGUUAACGAAAUCAUCUAAAUCGUUUUGUCAUAUACUGUGGGAUUCAUGGGCAAGUUAUCUCCUGGUUUUCGGUUUCACCCGACUGAUGUUGAGCUAGUGAAGUACUAUCUGAAAAGGAAGGUAUUGGGGAAGAAACUCCAUUUCAAUGCCAUAGCAGAGGUAGAUAUUUACAAGUUUGCCCCAUGGGAUCUUCCAGAUAUGUCUCCUAUGAGAUACGGGGACCUGAAAUGGUACUUCUUCUGCCCAUCUGAGAAGAAGUAUGCAAGUGGGGCCAGACUUAAUCGUUCUACAGAAUUUGGAUACUGGAAAACAACAGGAAGGGACAGGCCUGUUCACUACAAUAGCGAACUUGUGGGGAUGAUCAAAACGCUGGUUUUUCACCGAGGUAAGGCGCCAAAAGGGGACCGUACAGGUUGGGUUAUGCAUGAGUAUCGCCUCGAGGAUAGGGAACUGGCUGACAAUGGAGUUAUUCAGCUUGCGUAUGUUCUGUGUAAAGUUUUUCAAAAAGAUGGCUUGGGUCCCCGAAAUGGUGCGCAGUAUGGAGCUCCAUUUAGGGAGGAAGAUUGGAGCGAUGAUGAGGAGGAAGUUAAUAUUGGUGGAGCUGUCUCUCCUGGUGAAACCUCUACACCGGCCUUGUCAUUGCCUUUUAACCAGACCAGCUUCAUUGAAACAAGUUCACAUGGCCUUCAAAGCAUGUUUGCUGGGCCAUCUUAUGUUCCAUGUCCUCAAAUUGCUGGUUAUUCUGCUUGCGAAAUGCUUCUCCCGGUCUCUGGGAGCGACAUGGUCUUGAUGGAGUCUGAAAGCCAGUGCACUGGGUCACUUAGUGCUCCACGUCUUACCGGCGGUGUUUCUUCUGGUUAUGAGAUGCUUCCCCCAGUCUCUGGGAGCGAAAUGGUCUUGACGAAGUCUGUGCAGCCUUGGGAUGAUGAGAUUCCUUCACUGUUGGCUUCCUUCGCAGGACAACAUGAUUUAUUUUUCAAUGAGAAUGACAUUGAGAAACUGGAUUCCUGCUAUAAUACUGGAAUUGUUGAAGCUGCACCUUGUUCAGAAGGAAAUUAUAUUUAUAACGGAUUAGCUGACUUGAUCAAUUUUGAAGGGCAAAGCUCUAUUGGCUAUGGUAAUGUCUAUGCUGAUUAUGAAACUGGGUUCAGUGUCCCUUGUAACAAUGAAGAACCAUAUGUGGAGCUGAUUGAUCUGGAUAGGCCCUUUGGGGCUACUGAGUCUGAGUUAGGUAACUUGGGCAGUUUGUAUGGGCAAAGUUGUCAUGGCGAUAAUAUUAGUGCCCCUGGUGGUGAAGAAUCAUAUUUGGAGUUACUUGAUCUGGAUCCGCCAUUAAGGCCAGCGCCACUAUCCAAAAAAGAAAUCAACGAUAUUUUGAUUAAUUAUGUUUGAUUUAUUUGGACACAAGUAAAGGUCUGCUUCAAAAUCUAUUACUAUUCUUGAGUUGUUCAACAAUAACACUUUGACUCAUUGUUGAUUAUCAACGUUUCAAUUAUUUGAUUACAAAUAAAGGUCUACUUUAGAGGA